CAGUCAGUCAGGCACCUCAAGAUACCCGAGACUUGCCAUGUGUGAGGAGCGUUCAAUGUUAAAUAGCCUACAAAGUGCGUGCCAGACUAAUCAUGGGUCUAGUCUUAAUUGGCCAAUUAGCGUUUCUCGUGACAGCUGACACCUUAUCCUAAUCAAACUGGUUCAGGUGUCCCUUAAAUGUCAAAUAGGCCUAGCCUAACAAAUAUCUGAAAUGGAAUACAGUCUAGCCUUAAUCUUGCUGGACAUUUUAGGCCGAACACACAAAAGGACAAAUAUUAAAAGGAAGUGACCAAACAUUGGCCAUUGACUGAGUAGAAACGUGGCUGGGAAGCAUAGAGAUGUCGACUACAUCGCAAAAACACAAGGACUUUGUCUCUGAGCCGAUGGGUGACAAACCCGUGAAUGCUUUGUCUGGAGUCGGAGAAGUUUUGGGAAAGAAACUUGAAGAUCAAGGUUUCGACAAAGCGUAUGCAGUCCUGGGGCAGUUCUUGCUGUUGCGCAAGGAAGGCGAGCUGUUCACCGAGUGGUUCAAGGAUACCUGUGGUGCCAACUCCAAACAAGCAGGUGCUUGCUCACAGUGUCUGAAAGAGUGGUGCGACUCAUUCUUGUGAAGUCGAGCCUGUGCUUCUGAGGAAAAAGCAGUCCAGUUCUAUUCUGCAACAAUCUCGUCCCUAUUGAAGUUUGGAAAGGAUGUCUACUUUAGUCUUCCCUUUUGUUCUGAAAGCUCUGUGUCUCACUUAUCUUAAACUGUUUUGAACGUGAGUCUGUAGUAAAGCAACUAAUCUUG